AUGACCAAUAAUAUCACCUCCACUUCCAUCACAUUCCUGCUCACUGGUGUUCCUGGGCUGGAAGCCUUCCACACCUGGAUCUCCAUUCCCUUCUGCUUCCUCUAUGUAACUGCUCUCUUGGGAAACAGCCUGAUCCUCUUCGCUAUCAUCACUCAGCCCAGCCUCCACGAACCCAUGUACUAUUUCCUCUCCAUGCUGUCCGCCACUGACCUCGGCCUAUCCAUAUCCACUCUGGUCACCAUGCUGGGUAUAUUCUGGUUCAAUGUGAGAGAAAUCAGCUUUAAUGCCUGCUUGUCCCAGAUGUUUUUUAUUAAAUUCUUCACUGUCAUGGAAUCCUCAGUGCUGUUGGCCAUGGCUUUUGAUCGUUUUGUGGCCAUCUCUAAUCCCCUUAGGUAUGCCAUGAUUUUAACUGACUCCAGAAUAGCUCAAAUUGGAGUGGCAAGUGUCAUCAGGGGGAUCCUAAUGCUGACACCAAUGGUAGCACUUCUUACAAGACUUUCCUACUGCCACAGCCAAGUACUCCACCACUCCUACUGCUACCACCCUGAUGUGAUGAAGCUCUCAUGCACAGACACCAGAAUCAACAGUGCAGUUGGGUUGACUGCCAUGUUCUCUACUGUUGGUGUAGACUCAGUUCUCAUCCUCCUUUCUUAUGUUUUGAUCAUUAGGACUGUCCUUAGCAUUGCUUCCCCAGAAGAUCGGAAGAAAACCUUCAGUACAUGUGUCUCCCACAUUGUGGCUGUUGCUAUAUAUUACAUUCCAUUGAUCAGCCUGUCCUUUGUUCACAGAUUUGGGAAACAAGCCCCAGCCUAUGUACAUACUAUGAUUGCUAACACCUACCUGCUGAUCCCCCCUGUGAUGAACCCUGUCAUCUACAGUGUGAAAACCAAACAGAUACGUAGAGCUGUGAUAAAAAUUCUCCAUUCCAAAGAAACAUAA